ACGAAUAUCAAAUGCACUUCUUUGGACAAAGCAUUUGACGACUUUGAGUACUGCCAUCUGAAGUCUGUGAACCGUACCUUCAAAUACAUAUCACUUAAAGUAAGAAUGUAUAAGAUUCCUGUUACCAGAGUCAAGGUGAACUUUGCUCUCCUCAAGAAGUUUAAUGGAUACAAGCCGUUCCUUUACAACAUCACCACGGAUGCCUGCAGAGUUCUGAAGUAUCCGAAGUCCAACCCGGUUUUCUCAUUUUUUCACAGUCUUUUUGCGCAUCACUCCAACAUGAAUCAUUCAUGUCCCUACAAUCACGAUCUUAUUGUGGACAAGCUGCCUGCCGAUUUUGUAAAUACGAAAUUUACAAAAAUUUUGCCUUUUCCCGUGGGAGAUUAUCUUUUCAAUUCCAAAUGGAUUGUUAAUGAUAUAAAUAGAGCGGAUGUUCAAGUUUAUGGCACUCUAUCCUGAAAAAAAUAAUUUCAUUA